GUCAAUAACCAAAGCUGACAUGUUUCCAGCUAUCAACUAGGACCAUCCCAUCCCAACACAAAAGCUCUCACACCCUCCCCUUCAAUUUAUACCCCUUCAAUCUCUCCCACUCUUUCAGGACUUUGUGAAAAUGAGUAUGCAAAUCUCAGAUACACUCCAUUACUGGUUGGUAAACCAUCCAAACAUUCUCCAUUUCUCAUGGUCUCAAGGGGAAACCCUAGGCUCAUCCCCACUCUUCCUCACAAUCACGGUUGUAUCCUAUCUCUCUUUGACCUUCCUCCUCUCCAACCUAACCCUCCCCCACCUCCGUCCCGCCGUUCUCAAGCGAAUCACCGUCGUCCACAACCUCGUCCUUCUCGUCCUCUCCUUCACAAUGGCCCUCGGUUGCACUCUCGCCACCUUCUCCCACGCUCCCCACCUUCACUACAUCCUAUGUCUACCUCCAAAAACACCCGCACAAGGUCCACUCUUCUUCUGGGCUUACGUGUUCUACCUCUCGAAGAUCGUGGAAUUCAUCGACACGUUCUUGAUCAUCCUCAGUGGUUCGAUCAAACGUCUUACGUUCCUUCACGUGUACCACCACGCGACAGUGGUGAUCAUGUGUUAUCUAUGGCUACAUUCAUCUCAAUCGUUGUUUCCAUUGGUUCUGGUGACGAACUCGUCGGUUCAUGUUUUGAUGUAUACGUAUUAUUUGUCGUGCGCGCUCGGGGUUCGACCACGGUGGAAACGGCUUGUUACCGAGUGUCAAAUUGUGCAAUUUCAGUUUAGCUUCGUGGUGUUGGCUUUGAUGCUUUAUUUUCAUGUCACUCAUAAAGGAUCUGGCUGUGCUGGUGUGUGGGGAUGGUGCUUUAAUGUCGUGUUUUACUCCUCGCUUCUGGCCUUGUUCUCUGAUUUUCAUGCUAAGAACUAUGGUGGAAAUGGAAAGACGGCGCCCAAAAAGUUGGCUUGAAAAGAAACCAAGAUGGAGUUCAUUAAAUUCCUACGUUAUUCCUUUGAGAUUUGUGAGUUUAAUUCUUCAAAACAUAUAUUUAAUCAGUUGUUCAUGAUAAUGAUGAUCUAAUCAUUCAAGAUGCUUCGUAAGUGAUUACUUU